CUCACCGGCGACACGUGACUCAGCAGUCCGACGCAUUCGUUACAACAUCCCUCGUUUUGAUGAAACUAACGUGCUCGUACCGGUACGAGCUGUGUACGAGUACGAGGAAUUGGAAUUGGAAUCCUGUUUGGGAGGGACAACGAGCGCUUCUCCCCGUGCGCCGACCAAGAGAGCCACCGGACCCUCGACGACCAAACGCAGCGCCGUACCGCACCGCAUUCCUGCCAACGCACCCGCAUCGAUCCGGGUCUCUCGUUCUCUCUUGCCGACGCGCAACACCACGGAGCACGCACCAGGGCUUGGCCCGGAAGGCAGAACAAGAACAAGAACAAGAACAAGAACAACCACCGCCAUGCCGCCGGCACCGACCACCGCCAAACGGGUGCUGCUCGUCCUGCAGCUGCUGGGGGCCCCGGGGGGAAUCGCCCCGUUUCCCCUGUCUCCGCCUCUGCUUCCGCAAUCGACAAGGACAUCGACCAAGACCACGACCAAGACCACGCCAUCGAAAUUGCGAUCGCGAUUGCGGGUAAGCACUCUCGGAGAACAAACGCGCGAUCCCUUUUCCGGGGAGGAGGGGGAGCCGCGCCCGGUUCCGUUCCAAGAUGCCCAACCCGCUCCCGGCUCUCCCCAAGGCCUCCCCCGRCGGGGAAUCCUCGCGGUGGCGGUGGCGUCGGUCGCUGCGGCGGUCCCCCCGCCCCCGGUGGAAGCCAAAGCCGAAGCCGAACCUUCGGGCCCUUUCCUUGCGGCCCCCCUCGAGUUCGUCCCGGCCCUCGGGGCGUACGUGGUCCGGUACACCCUCUUCGGGGAGGCCUUUGCGGCCGUGGUCGACACCGGGAGCCCCUUCCUGACGGUCCCGUCCUACUGCCGGCCCUACCGCAACCAAAAGAUGCGCUGGGGCUGCUACCGUCCCGAGCGGACCCAGGACAGCGGCUACGCGAACACCGUCGAGGGCUUUGACAACAACUACGGUGCGUUGCGUUGCGCUGUGUGGUGUGGUGCUUUGUUUUGUUGCGCUGUGCUGUGCUGUGCUGUAGUGUGCUGGUUUGCAUUCCCCCCGCCGUGCAAUGUCGUCUCGCUGCCGCUGUCGCGCAUGCCCGCCGCCUCCUCACCUUCUUGGUUUCUGCUGCCUCGCCGUUUGUCCGUUUCGUCUCGAUCGCAAGGAGUGGUGGUGUGGAGAAAGGCCGACUUUUCGUUUCCCGGCCGCGUCUCGCCCGGGGAAGGGCCGCUGGGGGGCACGGGGGGAGCUACGGACCCUUUCCCGGUGGUCUUUGGCGUCCUAGGCGAGGAUCUGCUGAACGGAUCCGGGGGGGUCUUUUUCGGGCUGAUCAAGGAGACCGAUCGGUGGAUACGCCCCUCCUUUCUCGGCCAGGCGGGGUACGCGAGCUUCUGCGUAGAUCUGAGGCGGGGUGCCGCGGAUUCCACGGGCCCGGAACUGGUGCUGUCCGAGCGGUCCAUGAUCGGAACCACCACCCGGCAGAUUUCCGGAACGAGCAACAACAGCGGCAACAUCAGCAGCAACAGCAGCGGCAAGCACAACAGCUACGAGUACGGCGGCAUUGCCGAUUUCGUUCCCCUGGUCAGGGACCUCAAGACGCGGUACGGAGCCCCCGUGGUGCACUACACGGCCCGGGCCUCGCGGUUCGUGGUCAACGGCCUCCCGCUCCUCAUCGACCAGCGGAGAAAGCCCCUCUUUGUCAUCUUCGACACCGGAGUCAGCGGGAUGGUGGUCUCCCGGGACCUGUUCGAUGGCAGGUACCUCCAGGCCCGAAAGAACCGCGAAAAGUCGCUGUGGGGGAGCGUCGAGGUGGCCUUUCGGACCAGCGCGGGGGGGGAGGUCGUCCUGUCGGCGGAGAAGCCGAUCACGACACCCCUGGGAAAGGCCGCUCCCUGGAAGGGCUUUCGGGGAAAUCUGGUGGUGGUGGGCCUGGCCUUCCUGGACGGCCUGGCCACGACCGUGGAUGCCGACGACGGAAAAAUACGCUUCGACGAAUGAAGCAGGGAGCCCGACUCGAACGGAAUACCGAGCCGAACCGCGCCGCGCCGUGAUGCGGAUGGCAGCGUGGGUCAUGGGGCGGUACGGCUUGCCACACAGGAGCGAUGGAUUCUCUCCCCGUUCCGUUCAUGCAUUUUCCUUGCAGUGCGAGGGAAAGGGCUGCUACGGAACGCAAGGCGGCGCCGACCGACCUCGCUUGUGCCAAAACGUUCUCGCAGAAUAUCCGGCACACCAAAAGUCGAAACACGACGAAGAUACGCAGCCUCGAUUGGACGAAAUACUUCCCUUUAUGCCACGCGCACAUCCCGUCGCUUCUCGGCAGCGGCCCCGGCCGUUUUCCAGAACACUAGUCACGCCCAGUACCGGCAAUGUUCUGGCACAGGUCUACUCCAUCCACCCCAUUUUCUUACAACACGCAAGUCAACACGAUUGGACACGCACCUGCGGGAGAACGACAAAGAAGAAUUGUUUACCGGGGUGGGUGGGCGGAAAAGCGCUGAUAGAAAGGAUUUGAAAAUCAGAGGAAGCUGGAUAUAGAAGACGCCGAAUGCUGAUGCUAAUAUGAAUUGCUGAUAUAGACGAUGUACUUUGUCCUGAUCCUACUACUUCCAACGAAGAUAAUACAGUAAAUGAUAGUAUUUUCA